UUCUCCGGUGCUCCUCAGUCUUUGCCCAGCGCUUCGAAGAGGCGGGUCGUCCUGCCGAAUGACCAGGCGUCGCGUCGUCGCGUGGUGCUCUUUUUUUACCGCACUUGAAAUUCUCUCUUCUCACUCGGCUUUUUUCCUUUGUUCGUCGCCUUAUCGUUCGGCGUAACGUCUAUUUCGUCGGUCGACUCGCGGUAUAAAACUUGAGUGGAGUUUUUGUAAUUUUAUUUUUUACUAUCCACCGAUACGGUUCGGUGUUUUCGAAAGCGAAUGUGUCGCGGUAAUAGGCGGUGAAAAUACAUCGGUCAGAGGUUGAAAGAAGACUCUCGUCAACAUUCAUUUUGAUAAAAAUUGAAAAUGUACAACACCGGGCAACCGUUGGACCUUCAAGAGGAUAUUAAUUUCGCCGCUCAGUGUCUUCUGGCGAUGUCGCACGCCAAGGAUCACAACUGGUCGACGUCUCCUUUGCCCCUCGAUUUGUCGUCCGCUCGUUACUCUCAGUUGCACAAAAAUUUUAUGGACAACACGAGUCCCGGUGUCGUCGUCGAAGCGCUUCCCAACGUAGAGAUAAUACUCUCCUCCGUGAAGAAGGAUCGAAAGAAUAACGACGACGACGACGUCGUGGACGAGGAGGACGACGACUACGACGAUAAAAUUCAUAUCGAGGAAGCGAGCGGCGAAAAUAAAUACGAGGAAACGCCCCCCGUAACAACGACGACGCAAUCGAAUCCCCCGGGAUCCGAAGGUUCGAAUUCCUUGUACAUGGUGGCAAGAAUACUGACGGAUCUUACGAGGAUAAAACAGGAACCGGUACCGGAAGUGCCGCUCGAAGAAGAGGCGGAGGAGGAAAUCGUCGACAAAAUACUAACGUUCAAGGACCACGCCGCCGACAAUGGCGGGGUCGAUUGCGAGCGAAAAACGCGAUUGUUGAGGGACCGGGUGACGGGAGAACGGGACCAGGAUCACGAUCGGGAUAUCGACGAGUACGAGGACGAAGAGGAGGAUGAGGAGGACGAGGAUAUCGAAAUGGAGGACGACGUACCCACGGCCGAGGAGCUCCCGGAUUUCGUCAACGACCAAAAUAAAAUGAGGGGAAAACCGCUCCCUGGGAGGUGCAGAACCCUCGGCAGAAGAAGAUCGAAGAAUCGUUCGAAAACCACCUCGUCCUCCAACAACAACAACAACAACAACAACAGAUCCAACAGAUCCUCGUCGAUCAACAACAUCAGGAAAACACACAAGUGCUACUAUUCGGGAUGCGAUAAAGUUUAUGGAAAAAGUUCACACCUCAAGGCACACCUCAGGACGCACACAGGUGAACGACCUUUUCCGUGCAGUUGGUCCGGAUGUGGGAAGAGGUUUGCGAGGAGCGACGAAUUAGCGAGACACACGAGGACUCACACAGGUGAAAAAAAUUUCGCCUGUCCCGUUUGCAACAAGAAAUUCAUGCGGAGCGAUCAUCUGAGCAAACACGCCAAGAGGCAUCCAAAUUUCGACCCAGCUAUUCUGCGUCAACGUAGACCGCCGACGACAAGGGCAUUUUCCGUUAAUUCCAGCGAUGGAACGCCCAGCGAACUUUUAUCCGACAGCGCACCUUCGCCGUAGCCCCAGCCAAACGAGUCCUAUUAGUUUUAUUAUUAAACUAUACGAGCGUAUAUAUAUAUAUCUAGUAAUAACAACAACAACAACAACAUCAAAAACAACAACAAUAAUAAUAAUAUUCUAAUUCAUUCAUUGAUUCAUUAACCGUAAUAUUAAUAAUUAUUAUAACUGAAUUACAAUUAUAUUGAUAGAAGUAAAAAGAUAUAACGAUUCUGGCGUAUGCCCUGUAACAAAUUACAUAACAGGGUGAAGCGGUAUAGUUUAUAUAAUUGAUUAAAUGAGAUGUGAGGAUGGGGGGAUGAUGAUCGUUGGAUCGCUUUUUUUUAUUCUUUCUUUUAGUUUUUCUUUAAUUUCUAGUUGCAUUAUUUCUGAGACUUUUCUUUGACCUUGGAAAAUAACUGUACAAUAUUAUAUCUAUCCUACAUUUGGUAAUAUUAUAAUGCGUAUUUCUAUGCAAAUAACGCGAGAGGCUGGUUCUCUUUCGAUUAUUAGUUAUAUUGUUUGUGAUUAUUGAUUAAUUUUAUUAUUAUUAUUAUUAAUAUUUAAUAUACUUGAUAUGAUCGCUCAUCAUUCUCUCGUUCAUCGAUGCACUACUAUAUUGUAUGUGUAUUAGGCACAUACAUUGCCGAGAAAAAAGGUAGAAGAAAAUACUGAAUACCGAAAAGAAAGAAAACACAAAAAAAAACAACAAGAAUAACCAUGAGAAAAACAUUAUUUGUAGAGAAUAGAAAAGGGGGGGAAGAGUAAGCUGACAAUACGAGAUUUUUCUUUUCUCUUUUUGGACAAACAGGGCUUUUGAUUCUUGAAAUUAAUCUCUAGAUUGCUAUCAAAUUAUAUGAUAUAUAGACAUGAACAUAACUUCGCAUUAUAUCUGCAUAUAUAUUGUUACCAUUGUUAUCAUGAUAAUUAUUAUUCUCAUGCUACGUGUAAAAAUAUACCACAGUUGGCGGGCAAGAUCGAUUCGUACGACAACUAUAAAUGCCUACUGUAUAUUACAUAUCUUUUUUUUUUCUUUGAGAUUUUUUUUUCGUUUUGAAAAUUUUUAUACGUUUUCAAGUUCUGUUAACGAUAACAAUGUUAAUGAUAUAUAUAAGUCAUAUGAUGUACUAUUUUUUAAGUAAAAAAUGUAUAUAUUAUAUAGUAUAUGAAUAUAGGUAUACACAGGUGUAGGUGUAUCAUAUUGUACAAGUUAUAAAUUGAAAUGCGAUGUUCGAUAGGAAUUAUUAUUAUUAUCGUUAUUAUUAUUGUUAUUGUUAUUGUUAUGAUUUUCAUUCGCGACAUGAACAGAGAUAAUAAGUUAAUUACCUCAUAUACAGAUACAUAUGUAUAUUAUACAUGUAUAUUAUGUAUGCAUCGAUUGGUGUGAGAAAAUUUUCAGAGUAUUUGUAAUUCAAAAACUAUUCAUUAUUAUUCUUAUUAUUAUUAUAAUUAUGAAAGAUGUAGAUGCGGUGUUCGAGCAACUACUUAUUUAUUUAAUUAAUUAAUUAUAAAAGUGAAAAUGAUUACAGUUUUGUUAAAUUUACCCACUCUAUUUUAAUUCGUGUAAAUUAUCGGAAGAUUGAUAUCUGGAAUUAUUAGCUCUCUCUAUAUUUUUGUUCGUGUUGAUAUUUUACUUCAAUUCUUUUUUUGGCAAUGAUUAAAGUAUGCGGUGUUAGCUGUGUAGUUUUAACCCUUGCUUAAUUUUUAUCUUGUUCAAUUCAUAUUACGUUCAUAUAGGAAUGAUAUACAUAGUUUCUUACAUCGAAUUCUACAUACUAUACGUAUAUUUUGAGUUUGUAUAUAAGUACAUCAACAUUGUAUAUUUGGCUUUCAUUUUAAUUACAACUUUAUAUCCAUA